AUGAAUUUUAGUCCAUACCUUCUCUACUUUUCAUUAUUGUUAUUUAUUUUGGCCUUCUUCUGUCUCAGCCAAAUACAAGUUAUCAGAGAAAUUCGCGCAAGCAUUAUCGAUUUAUUAUCAAUAAAUUUCAAAACAUCAAACAAAAAAAUACCAAUUUCAACAGGUAUUACUACAUAUGCUCCAUCAGGACUCCAAUAUUCGCCAACAGAAAGAUUUUCUCCAAUGUCCCCAUCUCAAAUUUCAGAUUCCGUUAGAAUGUUAACUUCUUUCCAAGAAAUUCUUCAAACAAAUCAUAGCAAUAUCUUAUUCAAAGCCAAUUUAGCCGAAAAAAUCAAAACGCAAUUCAAGAAAGCACAAGAAAGCGAGAAAACAGCAGAAAAACAUACAGAAACAACAACUUCAAAGCUUGCCAUUAACCAAAGAGUUCAGUCUGAUACAAUAUAUUCAAUUAAUCCAACAAAGCCCGAACCAAAGAAGUACCAACCCCCAGCUGUUACAGAAGAGAAGAAAGAAAACACCGAACAGGCUGCUGAGGAAUCUGCUGCUACUGCCAAACCUGCAAUUGGAAAAGGUUUGAGUAAGGGCAUUGGCGGUGGCAUUGGAGGUGGCAUUGGCGGUAAACCUGCAAUGGGUGGCCUUAGUGGUAUUAAGAAAACAGGUCUUACACCUAGUUCAACUCCAUCAAAAGCGCCUGCAUUUGGAAAGCUUUCAAUUGGUGCUAAAUAA